UCAAGAUGGUGAAAAUCUACUUCCUUGUCGCCCUGCUCUUCGUAGCUGUAGCCGCUGUCAUGGCUGCACCCGUUGAGUCCGAGAUCGAACCCCUCGAGUUUGAGCGUGCCCACAGACUAAGAAGAGUAACCUGCGAUCUUCUAUCUUUCGGAGGAUACGUUGGCGACAGUGCUUGCGCUGCCCAUUGUCUCUUCAAGGGCAAAGCCGGUGGUCACUGCGACGAAGGUGUCUGCGUCUGCCGCAAGAGCAGCAUCAAACAUCUCUGGUAA